AUGGCGGAUUAUGGAGAUUUCAAGUCGAUCGCUAUCGGUUUCCCUUCAGUGAUACCUCCCAUUCUGGCAAUGGUUCUUGCUCUUUCUACAAAAGAAGUCGUUUCUUCUCUUUUCGCUGGAGUGCUUGCAGCAUCCAUCAUUUAUUCCAUUGCAGUGGCAAUGGGCAAAGUUUCUGGUCUUGAGAAUGCCAACGUUCUGGAUGUAAUGUUCACAGUGAUGAGCCAAAAGAUAAGCGAAAACAUAUCGAUUUGCUUGUUUAUUCUGUGCAUUGGAGCCCUCAUUCACUUGGUCUCUGUUUCCGGUGGCGCCAAGGCCUAUGCUGCGUGGGCCAUUCGUACGAUCAAGGGCCGCAGGAAAAGUAUGUUUUCCACGAUGGCUCUGGGAUUAAUGCUCUUCCUGGAUGAUUAUUUCAAUUCGAUUUCUACUAGUACAAUUAUGCAUCCAGUCACAGAGGGGAACCACGUGUCCAAGGCCAAAACUGCCUACAUUGUUCACACCAUGUCGACCAAUAUGUGCAUCAUGAUUCCGCUGACAUCCUGGGCAGCGGCCAUCAUGUCUCAAAUCAAGGACAACGGCUUCGACAACCCCUUCCUGGUGUUUCUGAGCACGAUUCCGUUCAACAUCUACAGCGUUUUGUGCUUCGUGUUCCUCUUGAUUUCGAUUUCCUUCGAUUUCGACUACGGCAAAAUGAAGUUCUACGAAGACAACGCGAAGCUGGGCCUCACCGAAACCAACGAAGACGUCUCCACCACCGCAGCGGCGCCUCUCGAAGAGCCGCAGCAGUCGAGCAAGGGCAAAGUGUGGGACUUGCUGCUGCCCAUCGUGAUCAUGGUGUUUCUGUCCAUCUACUUCAUGUACUCCUUCGGAAAGGCCAAGGCUCCCGCGGGCGCUGGCCUGGUGGACAUUCUGAGCGCGAGCGACUCCUCGAAGUCGCUUCUCUACGCGUGCUUCGUGGCGCUCUUCUCGACGUUGUUGCUCUACGUGCCUCGCAAACUGAUGUCGUUCAACGAGUGGGUGAACAACAUCAUCGAGGGCAUGAAGACCAUGCUCUCCACGCUCCUCAUCCUCGUCCUCGCCUGGUCCAUCAGCGGCACCAGCGGCGACCUCCUGCAGACCGGUCCCUACGUUGGCCAGCUCGUCAAAGACUCCCAAAUCCCGCCUCAAAUGAUCCCUGCGGUGGUCUUUCUCGUGGGCAUGGCGCUCUCCUUCGCCACCGGCACCGCGUGGGGCACCUUCUCUCUGCUCAUCCCCAUCGCCAUCGGCAUCUGCAGCGGCGACAACAGCGACUACCUCAUCCCUUCCAUCGCCUCCUGUCUCUGCGGCGCGGUCUUCGGCAACAACACCUCGCCCAUCAGCGACACCACCAUCCUCGUCUCCUCCGCCGUGCACUGCCCUUUCCUCAUGCACGUCUCCACCCAGCUUCCUUACGCCGCCACCGUCGCCGUUGUCAGCAUCGUCGGCUUCUUGGUGGCCGGGUUUACCCGCGGGGAUCUGCUGAUCACGUACGCGGUGGCGGUGCCGCUGCUGGUGAUCGUGCUGCUGGGAGUGCACUGGUGGCAGAAGAUGCACGCGGUGCCCGCGAAGGAGAUGGAAGUCGAGAUGGCCGAUUUGAAGAAGAAGGAGAAGGAGGAGGAGGAGGAGAAGACGGGAGCGAAGCCGGAGGAUAAUGAGGAGGGAAUGCUGGAGACGGAGAUUGCAGUUGUUGUAUAA